ACGCUGGGCUGUUGGCGUGUGCGAAUGUGUCAUGUGUAAAUAAAACGUGUAAAUGUUGUGCGUGUGAAUUAUUUGGUGUCUUUUUAGUAAUUUUAGAAAAUAGAAGCUAUUUUUAUAAAAUUUAAUAAAACAAUUUUAAGAAUAAACUUUUUUGUAAUAAUAUAUAGUUAUUUUUGAAGAAAACUGUGAUAUAAUUGUAGAAAAUGAACGAUAAUACAGAAGCACAAGCGCAGGCGCACAAUCUGCUGGGGCAGAAAACUCGGAAACAACCACAGGUUGUGGAUAACGCGUUGACUAGGGCUUUGCGGUCAUGUUGUUUCAUCCCUCAACGCUACAUACUCGGAGUGAUGGGCCUUCUCGGAGUCUGCAACGCCUACACUAUGAGGGUGUGCUUGAACUUGGCUAUCACUCAGAUGGUGCUACCGAUCCACAAGAACGAAUCAGACCCUACCAAUAACAAUACUGAACUAAUAUGCGAAAGCGACCCGAUUCCUGCCAACACUACAGUAUUUAUAAGUCCAUACGCAACACAAACCUGGGACCAGGCCACUCAGGGUCUAAUCCUAAGUGGUUUCUACUACGGCUAUGCCGCCACUCAAGUCCCUGGAGGCUACCUGGCCGAGAAGUGGGGCGGCAAGUGGACCUUGGGCGUGGGUCUACUAAGCACAGCUCUGUUCACCUUCCUUACUCCGUGGGUCAUACGUAUGGGUAAUGGAGCCUGGGGUGGGCUGUUUGCUCUUCGUGUGCUUCAAGGAAUGGGAGAGGGUCCCACGAUGCCAGCUCUCAUGAUAAUGCUGGCCAGAUGGGUGCCGCCACACGAGCGCUCGUUCCAAGGCGCCCUCGUCUUCGGCGGUGCGCAGAUCGGCAACAUUUUCGGCUCCUUCAUGUCCGGCAUCCUAUUGUCUGAUGGCCAAGACUGGGCCAACGUGUUCUACUUCUUCGGUGGCUUUGGUCUGCUAUGGUUUCUUUUGUGGAGUUUAUUCUGCUACAGCACACCGAACACGCAUCCCUUUAUCUCAAAGAAGGAGCUCAGCUAUCUGAACGCCAGAGUGACAACGGCCGACCACAAGGCCGCCAAGGACCCGGUGCCAUGGAAGGCUAUACUGAGAUCGUGGCCCGUGUGGGCGUUAGUUUGUGCCGCUGUUGGCCACGACUGGGGUUACUACACUAUGGUCUCAGACUUACCAAAGUACUCUCACGACGUCCUCAAAUACAACAUCGCGACCACCGGUUUGCUGACCGCUCUGCCCUAUGCCGCUAUGUGGAUCAGCUCCUUUAUCUUCGGAUUUGUUUGUGACCUGUGCAUUAAAAAGGGAUGGCAUACGAUCAAAACUGGAAGGAUCAUCCAUACAACUAUAGCUGCAACUGGCCCCGCGAUAUGCAUCGUUCUCGCGUCGUACGCAGGCUGUAACCGGGACCUCGCCAUGGCCUACUUUGUCCUCUCCAUGGCUUUGAUGGGAGGAUUCUACAGCGGAAUGAAGGUGAACGCGCUAGACUUGGCGCCGAACUAUGCCGGCACGCUGACGUCCCUGGUCAACACCACGUCCACCUUCGCCGGGAUCGCCACUCCCUUCCUUAUCGGACUAUUAACCCCUAAUUCAACUCUAAGCGAGUGGCGAGUCGCGUUCUGGGUGUGCUUCGCUGUGCUGGUCGGCACCAACGUGGUGUACUGCAUAUGGGCGGACGGCAAGCAGCAGUGGUGGGACGACGUGCGGCAGUUUGGCUACCCGCCGAACUGGAACCACGGCCCGCUUGUCAGAGACACAGUGCCUGACCAGGAUGCCGUUAUGACGAAAAUGACCAGCAAGAGUGGCGACAAUGACGUUUAUUAACGAUUACUCAUUUGUGGGAACAAUGAACAUCAUUAUAAUUUAUAUGACGUUCUAGACUAAGACGAAUGGGAAUGCCCCUUAUUGUUGUGUAAGUACACAAAAUGAUGAGUUCAGAGUUCGUAGGUAUAUUAGAAAUUUAAUACUUAAAUAGCUGUAUGGCAUAAUAUCUACUCUCAUAGAGUGUAGGUAUUUGUUAAAUAUUUUUUAUUCCUCAGUCUUGUAUUUUACACCAGUCUUUAUAUGUAUGAGGAUGUAUGUUGUCGUCUAGUACCUGCUAUAUAAAAUGUAUGUACUUAGUGAAAAUUAAGUUUCUUGUGGAAUUAAGUUACUUAGACCGAUUUACACGCAAUAUUGCCAUAGGUAUUCUGUCACCUCUCCUAACUUAUCAAGUGCGAAAUUUACUCCUCAAGAACCAACACAAUCAAUACCUACCUAUGUUCCUUGUUUAUUCAUGAACUCUAAGUUAACUCCGUUUUGAUAUCCACUCCUAAAGGUACAAUGGAUGCCAUGCACAAGAAAGUCGUUAAAAUAUAUGAUUACUACUUAUUCAAAGUACUUAUUGAGUCAAGGAUUACUUUAUUCCUUGCUGAAGGUAGAUUACUAGUCUGUAUUUUUACCGACAAUAUUUCGAACAAAACGCAUCAAAUUUAAUAAGACCGUUUACGCUAGCCGCAGAUUUAUUUCAGACUGUCUUAAAUUGCCAGCAACGUAAUCGAAUAUUAUAUACCUAUCUAUAAAUAUAAUACACUCAUGGACAACUUUAGAGGAACGCAAAAACUACUAAUUUUGAAAUUACUUUACUUUGGAUUACAGCAAGUGCUGUAAUUCAGUACCUAAUUAAUUAAACCUUUUUUUACCAUGAAUAAACUUAUAAUUAUUCUACCGUUUCCAAACAAAAGAGAACCUUGCUUGUUGUUAAUAAGGCUGUAAUAACACAUAUACUUAAUAAGAAAUACCUAAACCUUAUAAGUAAAACGUCAUCAUUUUAAAUACAAAAUAAUUUUGAACUCAUAUUAUAGUUAUUGUUAUACUGAAAUUGAUGUACUCUUAAUGUUGAUAUUGACUAAGUAGGAUAGAUUUAUUCUAUUUCUCUGUUAUAUGUUAUAAAUAAUAUAGUGAACUAGCGUAAAAACAUAGUACAAUUAAAUUGUAACGAAUAUCAGUUAAGUUUUUUUUUAUAUUGUACUAGUCAGCGUAGAUAACAAAAUUGGGUAGUACCAUACAGCACCUACCUUUUAUACUCCUUUGAUGACAAACUAAAAUGUAAGUACUUAUAUGUCAAAAAAUUCAUAUUGAAACAAAUCAUUAGUAAAUCGUAAAAAAAAAACAACGGGUUGCACUCCGGGAGUGCCGACAGAAGUGAAAACUCAAUGACAUUGUAACAGUUUUUCGAUCAGGCCACGUGUCCGUCUUACGUCUUAUGCUAUCGCGAGUUUAACAUUUUUGCCCCAUCACGAAAUCUUACGUCCUACGAAUCUUACGUCUUACGGACACGUGACCUGUCGCGAGUUUAACAUUUUUUCGCUAUCACAAAAAGUGCACAGCGCCUCUAAAGAAGUUUUCACUUCAAAAAUAGGUAAGUAGGUAACAACUAUUGUUCGAACAUCACUUUUUAAAAUACCUGUCGGCUUAAGUAGCAAACCCUCCUCCUCCGGGGAGUUACGAGGUUUACGACUUUAAGUAUUGUUGUCCAAGAUAGCAAUUACAAAUUUCCUUGAAAUGGAGUUACGAGGUUUGCGACUUAAGCCGACGAGUCAAUUUUAUUUUAUAUGUCUAAAAUAGAACCGUUAAAAAAUGGACCAUGUCCAUACCUAAUGUAAUACCUACUUACCUAAAGGUCUAUUUUAUUAUGGAUCAAUAUGAAAGCUGACUACCAAAGCGAAUUGUCAAAAUUGGAUGUUUAAGUAAUUUUGUGCCUUUGCCUUCAAGUGUACCUACCAUCCUUUUUUGACACGUUAUGCUAAUGUACCUAUUGUUUCAUGAAGAAAAUCCGAUAAACUUAACUUUUGUAAAAUAUAUAUUAUGUAUAAAAUUAAAAUCCCAGUUAGUACUUA